AUGAGUGGCCUUUUGCAAUUGUUCGCCCGUACAGGUGGUAAUCGUAUUCGACACCUUCCGGCCACCACUGCCGGAGGGGUCCGCAGACGUGCUCCGAAUGUUGCUCACAGGCGACCAGCAACUCGCAUGCGUGUUCCUGACGAGGAUAACCAAGUUGAGCCGACACACGUUGCAGAUCGAGUUCGAGAACGGGUAGAUGACGAGGAACAUGAUUCAAGUGAUGACGCAACGGCGGCAGCAGAAGGUGCACCAAAGAAGAAAGUUGGUGCCAAGAAGGCCGCUAAGCUGGCAGAAAAGGAACGGCGCAAAGAAGAGCGCGAAGCAGAAGAACGUUAUCGCGAGCACCAGCGUAAAAUCGAAGACCAGGAGAUAGCGAAACGGAAAAAGGCGGAAGAGGAAGCUGAACGAGCCGAAAAAGCAGCC